UUUGUUACAUUCGCGUUGCACAGCCGCGCGCUCCCACGCCGCAGAUACGAUUAUUUUAAUCCGCGCGAGCCGAACCCGAGCACACAUAUGCAUGCAAUGGCAGAGAAACUGCACAAUGCUCGCUCUCGAGAAACGUUCUUCUGAAUCUGAAAUGGGCGAUGAAAAUCAUUUCGAAUUAGCAUAGGUUAGGCGCUGCUCCUCCGAAUACAGACGUAGACUCUUUGUGACGGAGAGCAGCUCAAUGGCUGGUUUUUCAUUGUGCGAACAAAAAUAACCGAGUCCUGUUGUCGUUUCAAUGCCCAACUGGCGCACAUAAAGCGACGAGCGAGGGCGUCAAUUUUCCAGUUGCUCCUUCCCCUCGCUUGUGCGCCGCGCUGCAGCCUCCCGCGUUAUAUUUCAUAACCGCAAGUACCCGCUUGCGAACGGACGAUGGAUAGAGCGCGGAACGAGCGAGCCGUGCACUCGGUGGCCCAGACCAACUGGGUGGCCAGCAGAGACGAAAGCCGAGAGAUGAUGGCCCUCUGGCCGGACGUCGUUCGGGACCUCACGGAAGCUGGACGGCAUCUUGACGUGCCCGAGGCUACCAAGUGGCUCGCCAAAGUGCUGCAGUACAACGUGCCGAGCGGCAAAAAGAACCGAGGCCUGUCGCUGGUCUACGCGUACAGGAAGCUCGCGCCCCCCGAUCAGCUGACAGAGGACAACGUUAGGUUGGCCAGAAUACUGGGCUGGUGCGUCGAAAUGGUGCAAGCGUUCUUCCUCGUACUGGACGACGUGAUGGACCACUCGGAAUCGCGAAGGGGCCAGCCCUGCUGGUACCGGCACAGCAACAUCGGCCUGGCCGCCAUCAACGACGGCAUUCUCAUCGAGCAGGCUGUCUACCAACUGCUCAGGACGCACUUUCGAGGAAAGCCCUGCUACGUCGAUCUCUUCGAGACUCUACAACAGAACACCCUGAAGACGACGAUGGGCCAAACGCUGGACCAGCUGGCGACGAAUUUCAGUAAGAAGCCGAAUUUGGAUCUCUUUACCAUGGACCGGUACAACUCGAUCGUCAAGUACAAAACUGGCUACUACUCGUUCGUCAUGCCGGUUCAGCUAGCCAUGUACUUCGCUGGCGUCAAGGACCCGGAAAUGCACAGACAGGCCAAAACCAUUCUCCUGGAAAUGGGCCACUUCUUCCAAGUGCAAGACGAUUAUCUCGACUGCUUCGGCGAUCCGCAGGUUACCGGAAAACAAGGCACGGAUAUUCAAGAGGGCAAAUGCUCCUGGCUAGUCGUCGUCGCUCUGCAACGCGCCACUCCGGCGCAACGUAAAGUUCUCGAGGAGUGCUAUGGUAUCAAUGAUCCGGAAAAAAUUGCCAAAGUCAAGCAGUUGUACAACGACUUGGGAUUGCAAAUGACAUAUUCCAUUUACGAAGAGGAAAGCUACAACCUCAUGAAUACUCAUAUUCAACAGAUUUCACGUGGACUGCCUCACGAUUUGUUCUUCAAAUUCCUCGAAAAGAUUUAUCGCAGAGAUGCCUAAACAUUAUUAUAUUCGGAAAAUUAUAAUAAGUUUUUUUUCUACAUCAUUUACACACACGCAUAUGUGUGUGAGAACAGUGAAACCAUUUGAAUCGUGAUGUACUGUAAAAUAAUUAUGAAGGGUAUAAGCUCUGUAUGUUUAUGAAACUACAUUCUAUCUUUAAGUUUGAUUCAGUCAAGGUUUGUAAUAUUAAUUUAGCAAACUAAGUUGUUCUAUUUUGAUCAAUGAAGUAGGUGGAGAAUAGUUUUUCAUACUUAUAGUGUGGGAUAACAAAAAAAUAUAUAUAUAUAUUGUACUUAUAGACAUCGUUAUAAUACAAUCGCCAGUUGAUAAUGUAAAGAAAUUUUAUAAUUACAAUCUACUAUUUU